AUGGCUCCUCCAGAUCUCAGCUCACUCCCACCUUCCAGAUCAAUGUCGUCCUCACCCAGACAGACGCGGUCGCUCCAAAGCGCAGCCUCCCCGCCUCAGACACAAACUCCCUCGCCGCGCAACUCGUCCAUUUCGCUGGCGACGGCAGCCAUGGCGAACGCGGCCAACGAAUCCCGCCGAUCGUCUUUGAGUACCAGUAACCGCGGCUCGCCGAGACUAGGACGCAUGCCUUCGGACCGUCGUCGUUCCCAAGUGGCCAUGGGUCUCAAUCUGAACGACCCUACGCUGCCCAGUCCUGGUGAACUGUCUAGCAACGAUCCUCGAGCGAACCUGAACCUGAGCCACAGCUACAGCUUUGUUUCUGCCAGUCCAUCCACCAUCGGCGGCCGGUCUGCCAUCGCCACGGGCGAUCCUCACCAUCAGCGGCAGCCGAGCCUGGGGGACAUCCAUAACGAGUUGGAACAAGAGCAAGAGGCCCAAGUCAAUCGAAUGCUCCAGAUGAUCCGCGAGCAACAACUGCAACUCGAAGCCUUGCGUAACAAUCAACCUGAACGACAGCAAUCCUCUCGUCAAUCACAGUCUACUCCUACAGGAGGCCCCGGUAACAACGGCACCGCUGUGGUUGACGACGAAACCCCGUCUGAAGAACGCUCUAACCCGUUCCCUCCCGUCCAACAACCUACUGCUACUGCUCCACCGACGAGACGAUUUUCCCGCGGGCCCCCCAGUGCAAGUCGAUCUCCGGCUUUACGGGCCCGCGAGUACAGCAGCAGUAGUGACUGGCCGCCAUCUCCGCUUGACACCGGCGCAGCAAGACGAAACAGUUUCCGCGACGAAAGUGCCUUUUACCAGGCCGAGACGGCCAACCUAACGCGCGAAAAUCAGAUGCUCCGAAUGAGGAUCCGCGAACUCGAAAAGCAACUUAGUGAGUUAACUGCCGUGCCGCCAAAUACUCCGGCCACCCCGAGCAACUUGUCUUCAAGCCCGCCUGUGGCCGCACAAGAAGAGGCGUCUCUUGCCGCCGAAGUCGCCAGAGUCACCAGCGAGCCGGACAAGACUGGAUUGUGA